UAUCUUUUCCGUUCUGGGUUUUGUUCGCAACGAUUAGCCUCAGAAAAAGAAUCCGGGCUCUGCUCCCAGUUUACCCAUUUCCUCUUCUCUGCUUCAUGGGCAUCGAGUAAUUACGGAAUGGCCAUCAGCAUGAGCUCCCUUUGGGACUUCACUUCACCAGUAAGUCUUGGGCACACCUUAAUAUCUUCUAGAAGGACCAAUCAGGUUUUGGCAAAAUCAUCUAGACAGAAGAUAAAGUUUGUUGAUUCUCAGUCAAGGAGUUCUACUAGGGGUGCUCAGAGGCUCACGAUCACUUCAGCCACAGAUGAUGAUGAAACCACUCCUAAACCAACCGCUGCAGAUCCUUUAUCUACCGAAACUUCAGCUACCGCUACUCAACCUCCACCGCCUGCAACUCAACCCAAAGUCCAAAACACUGUGCUAAAGAAACCACCAUUGACAGCAAGGGAGAAGCUAAGGGCAGCUCGAGUUCUCUCAAGAUAUACCGACUCAAAACCUGCAAAAAAGUCACUCGGAAGCAAAGUAUUGGACGCAAUGAGAGAGGGCGAUGGAGGUAAGAGAAGAUCAGGCCUCCCUCAAGCUCCUGAAAAUUUAUUGGAUGAUAGUAAGCGAGGAAUGCCAAAGCCAGGGUUGACUUUCGACUUCCCUGGGGGCUCCGACUUGUUCUUCAUCGUGUUGUCAGUGGUUUUGAUCAGUACUGUUAUGUUUACUACGACUUACGUUGUGUGGAAGCUUGGUGCAAUUCAUUUCAACGAGUAUUGAAGCGAUAAGGGUUGGGAUAAUAUUUGUCGAAUGAUUUGGAUGUAUAUUUUGUAUGAUUCAGUAUUUUCUGUAUAAUGACUUUUUUUAGCUGUAUAUCUAUCGAAAGUUCAUCGACGUUUGUCCUUUCCAUUCUUGUUUAUGUUCAUAUUUAAUGGCCUCAGAACA